AACGUGAUGCCAAGGGGUUAGAACUGAUAGCGAAAGAAUCAACCAGCAGCGGGAUAUUUAAUUUGAUAGUGAAUGGCGUUGAGGCUCAGUUGUAUUCUAAGUUUUGAACAGAGCAGUUCUCAGGGCAGUUUUGUGGAUUUUGUGAAGGUUUUUUUUUUGUGGGAAAAAGUGAUCAUGAAGGUUUUAGUUGAGUCUCCAGCAAUUCUCGAUCCUUCGGAGUUGCUUCGUCCGGAGCCUGAAUUUAUGGAUAAGAGUGCCUCGAAGUUCCGGGAUUACACCAUCGACAAGAAUGAUCCUCUGAAGGAGCGCGUCCGGCAGACGUACAGGCAAAUGCAUCUCAAUCAAACGGUGGAUUUUGUUAAAGGACGUCGAGCUGAAUGGUUGACUUUCACCAAAUUUCGCGCGACAAUUCGCGAGGCACUGGAACGGCUGAAUGACCUGGUGGAUGAGUCUGAUCCUGACCUGGAUCUGCCCAAUAUUGUCCAUGCCUUCCAGACAGCCGAAAGGGCGCGAGAGGAGCAUCCAGACUUGGAUUGGCUUCAUCUCACGGGACUCAUUCAUGACUUGGGCAAGGUCAUGGCUUUCUACGGAGAGCCUCAGUGGGCAGUUGUCGGAGACACCUUCCCAGUGGGAUGCCUCUGGUCCGACAAUAUCGUCUACCGCAGCGACAGCUUCGAAGGGAAUCCCGAUGGGGAUAAUCCUCAGUACAACACAAAAUAUGGGAUGUAUGAGCCAAAUUGUGGAAUUCGCAAUCUAUUGAUGUCUUGGGGUCAUGACGAGUAUCUUUAUCAAUUUCUCGUUCACAAUAAAUCUACACUUCCUGAGCAAGCUUUAUGCAUGAUACGCUUCCAUUCGUUCUACCCAUGGCACUCCUCUGGCGAUUAUCAGCACUUGAUGAAGCCUGAGGAUGAGGAGAUAAAGAAAUGGGUUCUGUGCUUCAAUCGCUAUGAUCUUUACACCAAGAGCACAAAAAUGCCAGACAUUGACGCUCUCUGGCCCUACUAUCAGUCACUCAUUGACAAGUACUGCCCAGGAGUCUUGGAGUGGUAAAUAUGCUUUAAUAUGGAACAAGGGGAACAAGACAUGGGGACAUUUUAUGCAGGAAAAUAUGUAAAAUUAUGUUUUGAAAUAAAAUUGAUAUUAUUCACAGAGA